AUGGACAUGGAAGGAGAAAAUUCUGAACAAGAAAAAGAAGAACAAAAUAUAGAGACAGGAAAUUCGAACAAACAAAGUGAUCAACGAAGCCCACAUGACAGUAAUAAUAUAGAUAAUCAUGAUGCCAAUAGUAUUGAUAGAAGACAAUCAUCAAUAGGAGAAGAAAGUUCCCUAUCUGAUAAGGUUUCUAAUCUUGAUGAAAAAGAUCAAGCGGAUGAUCAAGGUGAUAACGUUAAAGAAAGUAGUGAUGAAAGCCCAGAAGAAAAGGCAGAUGAAGAACAGAAAAUAAAAAGUGUAGAUGGAAAUGAUGCUCUUCAGAAUGGUAUUAAUGCCGAACAAGACGAUGAUAAAAAUAGCCAAGAAAAAACUGAUAGAGUGAAUCAUGGCAUGACGAACGGGGAUAGAGAGGAACCUACUAACGAUCAGCAAAAUGACCAUGGGACAGAUGUUAAAAAUGACGAUGGGCAACAAAUUGGCCAACAGGAUCAAACAGCAGAAGCUGAUAAACCACCGGAUGGAAGUGGUCAAGUGUCAAAACCUAAACGCAAGCGACGACGGAAUAUCUUCAUUUCGUACAGUUUAGAUGCACCAUUUACUGAAAGAAAGUUGGUUGCAGAGACCGUUAAACAACUAAAAGAACUCGGUUUUCAUGAAGAUCUAUGGUAUGAUAAAGAUGAAAUUGAGAUAGAUUCGCCAUUGUGUUUUUCAAUUAGGAUGGAACAAUCUGAGCGUUGCAAAGCUGCAGUAUUAUUUCUUUCGUCAAGUUAUUUUCAUUCACGAGCAUCAUUUUACGAAUAUAACACCUUAAUUCAGCGACAUCGUUUAGCAACAACACAGGCUACGCCAUCUGACACCAGACCAAUUAAAUUAUGUGUUAUCAUUUGCGAACCGUUUAAUUUCCCGAACGAUAUUAGUUAUAUUUCAUCAGAUCAAGUUAUUUUGCGGUUAGAUGGCAAUUCUAUGUCGAGAUUAAGCAUAGCUGAAAAGGCAUCUGCUGCAAUUGGGACCUUGACUAAAGUUUUAGAACCAUUUUGUUCGGGUAUAGCAACUCGUUUACCUACGCCACCUUCACGGCAUGGCCUGUCAGACAGCUAUAAAGUAACUAAAUUAUUAAAAUGGUCAGUCGACGACGUUCAGGAGUGGCUAACAAGUUUGCAAAUUCAUGAACGCUAUAUGAUGACAUUUGAAGAGUAUCGCAUCGAUGGUUACUUGCUAAGUUGUUUAACAGAUGAUGAUCUCAUCCAGCAAUUCGGCAUAGAUAGUCGAAUAACAAGGAAAAAAUUACUACAAAAAAUACGAGUGGAAUUAGAAAACGAAGUUAAAUCGCCAAAUAAUUGGUAUUUACGAUGGCAUUGGGCUAGAAUACGAGAUAAUAGUGUUUAUAUAAUUUACGAUCCGAUGGACAAAAAAGUUGUUCGUUCACUAGUUGAGGAUUUAUCGAAAAAGCAUUAUCAGAUACUGGCCCAUGAUAAAUUAGGGCGAUCGAAGGAAGAAUUUAUUCGUUUUAAUGGUCACCGAUUAGCCGUAUCCAAGCAUGUUGUAAUUGUAUUGACAGCUACAUCCGCAGCAUCACCAUUUGUCUAUCAAGAAGUAUUAUUAGCCGAUUGGUUGGGCAAAACACCAAUCUCUAUGGUUUUUCAUAAUUGCUAUAACAACAUGAAAUUAUCAUUACGGUCAAUACUAAAUGAUCGCUCUGCGGUUGAUUUCCAACAUACUCCGUAUAAUGAUGCUAUGGAUGUCUUAUUUUUCAAAUUACAUUCUGGUUCACAUCUUCAUGGCGUUUACUUACAGCAAGACUACAUCGAACGAGUUAAUGAUAAUAUGAAAACGCUACAGUCGAUAGGAUCGCCAGAAGGUCAAUCAUUUACAGACAAGGAUCCGGUUGUUUUUAUAUCGUAUCAAUGGGAUAGCCAGUCUAAAGUAGUACUAUUGAAAGAACAAUUGGAAGCAAAUGGUAUUCCUUGUUGGAUAGAUAGGCCGAAUAUUACAAUUAAUAAGAAUCAGAUGUCCUCGCAUACAGGACAUAAUAGAACAUCCGGUAUGGCAUCCUCUCUUUCCAAUAACAUGACAAAUAUUGUGACAGAUACUAUUCAAAGUGAAAUUCAAAGAGUCAUGAAAAACUGCAAAGUAGUACUUUGCUGCAUGACACCUAAAUAUACGAGAUCGGAUAAUUUCUAUAAAGAUUUGGCAUUAGCCGAUUCUCUUUCCAAGCCAAUCUUGCCUGUAAUGUUACAUUUUAUGCCAUGGCCGCCAGAAAUUGCUGCACUUCAUCUUCGUAAAAACCUGGCUAGCUUAGAAUAUAUCGAUAUUAGCAGUGAGAAAUUAUUUAGAAGAAAUUUUGCUACCGUAAUUAACCAAAUUCAGCGCCACCAAUCACAAACUAUGGCGGUACCAAAACUGCCACCACUGAAAUAA